AUGAGCAACCCUCAGGGGCCCCAAGUGGCCGGCAAGGACUACAACCCCUCCGUCUUCAGCCAAGACACUCUCGUCGGCUCCGACGCCAAUUCGGUCCACCCGCUGCUCACCCGCAACGUCGACGGCACCACCACCACCACCACCACCACCAGCCCCCUCCGUGGCACCGACCCGCAGCCGAGCGCGAGCGACAACUUCCACUACGUCUCCACGCGCGUCGUCAAGGAGAUCCCCAAGGCCAAGACGCCGUCGGACCCCAAGUCCCCGCUGGGCCGGCUCAAGAACCUGCUCAAGCCCCCCGUCGUUAAGGCCGUCGAGGCGCUGCCGAGCCACGAGGGCAAGUCGUAUCACGUCAACGAGCAGGGUCAGAUCAUCGAGACGACGACCCGGAGAGCAGGCGAGUGCGGCUGCGAGCGGUGGUUCCACUGGUGCGGCCGUGACAUUUAG